GAAUAUUUGGUUUAAUAAUUUUUGUUCACAUGUCGGAAAUCAAGAAGUAUAAUACCUAUGUACAUAUAUAUUUUUUUUUCUUUUUGUGACUCUCUCUUACUAAAAGCAAUGAUCUUAGUUAUUUUUAAGUGCCCUCUUCAGUUAAUUUGUAGAAGUCUUUAAAAGAGCUAUCUCAGGGUUAAUUCACUCAUUCAACAAAUAACUGUAUGUCUAUGUUCCAGGCUCUGGGAUAGGGGCUGGGAGUAAGGUGGUGGGUGAAACAGACCUUGAUUGUGUCUCAUGGAGCUUAAACACAAUGAACAAGUAAAAAUACAAAGAAAUUUAGAGUUACAAAUUUUUAUUUGCUAUAAAGGAAAAGAAGACAGUACUAUGAAAGAAUAAUAGGGAGAUCUAUUUUAGGCUGAGGGGUCAGGGAAGUACCCUGAGACAUACGGAGGAUUAGAUGGUGCCAGUCAAAGGGGAAGGAGAGCGUUGCAGGCAGAGGGGACAAUGUGUGCACAGCCCAUGAGGAAAGAAAGAGUUUGCUUGGUACAAGGAAGGGCAAGAAGGCCAGUGGGAUAGAAGAGUGGUAAGUGAGGUGGGGAAGGAUAGGAGAUGACAUCUAGGAAGAAGAGAGCAACCAGUUCACAUGGGAGAUUGUAGGCCACGUUAAGGAGUUUGAAUUUUAUUCAGGAAGUAGUUGAAUGGUUCUGAGGAUUUUAACAGAGGAAAUGACAGGAUCUGAUAUAAACUUUAAAAAGGUCAUGUUGGCUACUUCAGAAAGAUUGAUGUAUGGAAGUGAGGUAGAAUUAGAACCAAGAUGACCAUUCAGGAGGCUUUUGCACUUGCUUGAGUGAGCAGUGAUGGUAGUGUGGACUAAGGUACACAGUGGAAAACCAAUAAGGUGAAUAGAUUUGGGAUUGUUUUGGAGAUGUGGUAUAAUGACUAAGAGUGUAUGCUCUAAAGCCGAACUGACUAGGCUAGAAUACUAAUUCCCCCUCUUACUAGCUGUAUGAUCACAGGCAAAUUAGCUUCUCAAUGCCACCAUUUCCUUAGUAGUAAAAUGGAAAUAAUAAUAGGAAUCAUCUGAUAGAGUUGUUAUGAAAAUCGAAUGAGUUAAUAAUGCUCUAUAUGCAUCAUAAGAGCACCUGGCACAUAGUGAAUGCUUUAAUAAGUGGUGUUGGAAUUAUUUUUACGACUUAAAUAAGCAGGUUUUGGUGAUGGUUUGGAUCUUGUUUUGGACAGGUUAGUUUGAGAUGUGCGUGAGAUAUCCAAAUGGAGAUGUGAGGCAGCUGGAAUCUGGUGCUCAGAGUAGUGUCCUGGGCCAGAGAUAGAGAUUGCGUUCAAGAUCAAACUAAAAUUUCCUGGAUAAAUUUGCAAAACAGUCAGCACUUGGAAAUAAUUCACCCUUGUCCUAGAUUGGCCAGUGGGAUAUCAAAACAAUUCAGUGACUCUGACUUUCCUUGGAGAGGUGGCAGAUGUGGCAAAGAGUGUGGAAAUUGUCAUCAAACAGACAAUCCUUUGGAUUUUGCUCUCCCAUUUACCAAUUGGGUGACCAUGAACAAAGUGUUGGCGAUAGAUUCAAUGGGUGGGAGAGGAGGAAUCAUGGACAACUCCUAGGUUUCUGUCUUGAGUGCCAUAUAGUUUGUCGGGCCAGUUCCUGGGAUGGAGGAAAGUGGAAAGAAACAUGUUUCUCAAAGCCUCAGCCUCCUCAGCUAUAUCUUCCUCAUAGGUGAGGACCUGAAAGAAUGUACUUGAAAUGCCUAGCAUAGUACCUGGUGCAUGGUGGAGGCUCGGUAAUGCUUUUCUCGUAUGCUUUGGGCUCUGCUCCACUUCUUGCCUCAACUGUAAGCAUCUCCACCACUCCGACUAGAUUUGCUUCCAUUUUUAGAUUAAGAUGUAAGAUAGGAACAGUGAGGUGACAGAGCAGGGCCAGGACUAGGGUGAGGUGACUGAGGCACUUGCCUUCGGCACCAAAAAACUAAUAACAAUAAAUAUUAUUUUAAUGCAAUAUUUUGAAAAAUUAAAAUCACUGCAAAAACAUCCAAGAUGAAUAAAAUACUAUAUUUUUGAUAAAGACAGGAUAAGUUGUACUGAUUUCUUCUUUUGCCUCAAGCUCUGGUGCUCAGUGUGGCACUGUGACGAGGUGAAACGAAAGAAAAAAAAUCUUCCACCCCUGGGCCCCCAGCACUGUUUCUCAUUUCUUCGAAAGUUGGUAGCUAAGAGCCAGUCAGCAGACUUGUGUACGCCAGUGACCUCUAGAUGCUAAAGAACGUGUUCUAACGUGUCUUGUGAUACUGGGUACACUUAAGAUUGGGGUUUGAGGCAUCUACUGGCCCAGCCCCUGGCCUCUUUCUAUCAGUUACAAUGUGGGAAUUGGAGCUAGUUUCCUGGGUUCGCCCCACCUCAGUCAAUGCAGCCCCUCGUGACCCUGGAACUGUUGAGCAAACACCAAGUGAAAUAACCCGAUGCUCUAUUAAAGGCUGGGGUUUAAAGGUCAGCUUUGUGCUUAUCGGCUGCUAGUCUGAUUCCCUCCCUAAAUGACUCUCAGGGCGUUUUGUGCUUGCAGUAUGGACUGAGAAGAUGAGCAUUGCCGCUCAGAGCGGGGAGGGACUGGAUUUGGAAGGAGCUGUCAUUGCCAACAGGAAAACAGCAGGUCAGGAGCAGGCGGAAGAUGAAUGGAGGUCCCCCGGCAAGGAAUGCUUCCUUCUGAAUUUGACUUAGAAAUCUAAAGAUCUGCGGUUUCCCUCCCAUGGCCGUCCUGCGUGGGUGCCAAGUUCCACACGUGAUUUAAUGGAUCAGAAGGAGAUAUCAGUGAAAAAAAGGGUCCAGAAUGAUUACUAACCUAUGACUCCCAACAGUAUGACAGAAAAUGGCCUUCCAGCCUGGGACAAAUCGAAACACUGUCCAGACCGAGAACACGACUGGAAGCUAGUAGGAAUGUCUGAAGCCUGCCUACAGAGGAAGAGCCAUUCGGAGAGGCGCAGCACGUUGAAAAAUGAACAGUCGUCACCACAUCUCAUCCAGGCCACUUGGACUAGCUCAAUAUUCCAUCUGGACCAUGAAGAUGUGAACGAUCAGAAUGUCCCCAGUGCCCGGAGCUUCCAAACGGAGGAAAAGAAAUGUAAAGGGUACAUCCCGAGUUACUUAGACAAGGACGAGCUAUGUGUAGUGUGUGGUGACAAGGCUACGGGGUAUCACUACCGCUGCAUCACGUGUGAAGGCUGCAAGGGUUUCUUUAGAAGAACCAUUCAGAAAAAUCUCCAUCCAUCGUAUUCCUGUAAAUAUGAAGGAAAAUGUGUCAUAGACAAAGUUACACGAAAUCAGUGCCAGGAAUGUCGCUUUAAAAAAUGCAUCUAUGUUGGCAUGGCAACAGAUUUGGUACUGGAUGACAGCAAGCGGCUGGCAAAGAGGAAGCUGAUAGAGGAGAACCGGGAGAAGAGACGACGGGAAGAGCUGCAGAAAUCCAUCGGGCAUAAGCCGGAGCCCACGGACGAGGAGUGGGAGCUCAUCAAAACCGUCACCGAAGCCCAUGUCGCCACCAAUGCCCAAGGCAGCCACUGGAAGCAGAAACGGAAAUUUCUGCCAGAAGAUAUUGGACAAGCACCAAUAGUAAAUGCCCCAGAAGGUGGAAAGGUUGACUUGGAAGCCUUCAGCCAUUUUACAAAAAUCAUCACACCAGCAAUUACAAGAGUGGUGGACUUUGCCAAAAAGUUGCCUAUGUUUUGUGAGCUGCCAUGUGAAGACCAGAUCAUCCUCCUCAAAGGCUGCUGCAUGGAAAUCAUGUCUCUUCGCGCGGCUGUGCGCUACGACCCAGAAAGUGAGACUUUAACCCUGAAUGGGGAAAUGGCAGUGACACGGGGCCAGCUGAAAAAUGGGGGUCUAGGGGUGGUGUCGGAUGCCAUCUUUGACCUGGGCAUGUCGCUGUCUUCUUUCAACCUGGAUGACACUGAAGUAGCUCUCCUUCAGGCUGUCCUGCUGAUGUCUUCAGAUCGCCCAGGGCUUGCCUGUGUUGAGAGGAUAGAAAAAUACCAAGAUAGUUUCCUGCUGGCCUUUGAACACUAUAUCAAUUACCGAAAACAUCACGUGACACACUUUUGGCCAAAACUCCUGAUGAAGGUGACAGACCUGCGGAUGAUUGGAGCCUGCCAUGCCAGCCGCUUCCUGCACAUGAAGGUGGAAUGCCCCACGGAACUCUUCCCCCCGUUGUUCUUGGAAGUGUUCGAAGAUUAGAUUGACUGAAUUCAUUCUCAUAAUUCCCACAGCACUACUGGGUGUCAUUUCAUUCCAUUGCCUAGCUCUUUUUUGUUUGUUCCUUUGUUGCUUUGUGUUGGGAGGGAUUGUUUGGGGAUAAAAGAAGGUAGUCCUUGGCAUAGACAUGGAUGAAAUUGCCCCUCAAAUGCGGGUACUUGUAACUAUUGCAUUUUGUUCUCCAGUCCUUUGAUGUGAAUGCUUUGAAGGUUUUACAGUUGUGGAGGUGGGGGUGGGGACAAUCAUUAAUUCACCAGCAACAAGCCAUCACCAGCUCCCAUCUGUCCCUGGUCAGAGACUCAAGCAAGCAAAAUGGCACAGCAGAAGACUAAAGAAGCCUUAAAAUCAACAUAAUAUGGUCAUCUUGAUCCAAUCCUGCUUUUUGCAGGGCUCAAGUUAGCAGGGCACACACCACCUUUGGUUAGAUGUGGGUUUUCAACUUUCUAGGGAAAGGUCUCAACAAAUUUUUAUCUGUUCAAGAGCAUGAUGUUUUCAGCAGUCUUCAUUCUCUCCUAGCAGCAUAACUUGGAAUGUACAGGAAUAUUUGUUCCCAAAAUAUCAAUUUUUAUAAUCGUAUGAUUGAAUUCAAAUCAUACAAGGGUGUGACUCAAAGAUGGGCAGGUAUUUGACUGAAACCAACAAGGAAAACAAUUUUCUUCAGUGAGCCCAAAGAAAUUAGAAAUCUUCACCAAUGUCAGUGAUUCAACAGUUUCCAAAAAUUCACAUAGUAUUACCUCAUAGGAGGAAGGCUUCUUUACAGCUUAGGCUCAGAGAAAAAUUUCCACAGAAAUCAAACCUAUUUACAAAGCAUCAUCACUUUUCAAUGACAUCUGAUCUGUCAUCUCCCAAACUCCUGAAGUUAUUUAUCCUGAUUGCAUCUUUGCUAAGCUGACAACAGAUUUCCCUACGGAUCAAAUCUUCUAAUCAAGGAGAAAGAACAAGCUGAAAUUUGAGACUUGUUCUGGAGGAAUUCUAAGGAGAGAUUAAGGUGGUUAUAUUCUGGGUUGAAGGAAAUGCCGUGUUCUGAGAGCCCCCUGCAUGGACUGAUGGUUUGGGGAUGCUUCCUUCUGGUCUUAGAUCCUCAAGCUCUUUGCUCUACUCACAAAUACUGUCUAGUCCCCUUUUCCCUCUGACUCUGAGGCUGGACUGUCGCUAAACAAAGACUGACCCACUCCGUCCCUCUUAUAUCAUUGCCCUGACAUAUAUUCAACAGUCCUGCCGCCAUGUACACGAACCCUCACUCACCUUCCCUGCCCAGCCCUCCUCCCCAAUGGCAAACACUGGAGUAGCUUGUGCUCGGAAAAUAAAUGGUAACCCUUGAUCCCUUCAGUGUCAGAAAAUGGGCAAAGAAUAUUCCCAUGCAAUUGAAUGUAUCUCAUUCUUCACUGGAUAGUAGUCAUAAACUAUUCCUUUGCUUGCCUUGUACUGCCUUAUCCUGGAAAUAUUGGGGAAAAUAAGCCAUAUCAGUAAGAUUUACCUAAAAACAAAAGAAUGAAAGUCACUGUGAAAACCAAGUGGACUAAUUUUUUUUAAUUGGCCCAGAAGUCAGGGUGCAUAAGUUCUAGUUUGUGCUCUGUCGACUUGUAGAUUUGUGACUUUGGGUCUUGGUUUUCUCACCUGGUGAAUAAGUCAUGAACUCUAAAAUCCUUCCCAUCCUUAAUAUUGUACUAAUUUCAAGGGGGGGAGAACCUGGUUCUUUUGAUUAUUUCUUUCAUAUUCAAAUUUCUAGCUUUAUUAGACAAAAAUUAUGUCCCUCUUAACAGUUAAGAAAAGUAUAUUUAGUAUUCAUUCAAAAUAAGAAUUUGACGUACUAAUCAACUUUAGAGAAAUGCAGCAUGGCCUUGGAAAAAGGAGAUGAACAGCAUUGGAAACAAUCUGGGAGGAAAAUGAUAUGUUUAAUGCACUGAAACAAUUAUACUGGCUUCUGGGGAAAAGGAAAAAGAACAUCACUAUGGAACUUGCUAACCAGAGAAAGGAAGUAGGUGAAGAGAUUAAAGUUAUAAACAUGAAGUUCUUGGGUAGAUUACCUGCUUUGACUUUAUCUACAGACAGUUUUUUUGGUUUUCUUCUCUCUAGACAGCCCUCUAGCCCGUCUCCUUAAGUCUGUGCUUUAUUAACAUCUCAGCUCCCUCUCUUGUUGAAGAACUACUCCUUCAAACAUGACCGCUUCAUCAAUCACCUUCUAGUUCCAGAAUAACUAAGCUUUGCGGUGUGGAGCAAGCUUUCCCUCAGAAGGGAAGGAGAGGAAGGCAAACAGGUGGGCACUGGAGGGUUCAUAGACUCCUUGGGCAUCAAGAUGUCCCGGGAAAGUUUCCUCAAUUUGUCAGAGAUUCCCCAGUACAUCAGACACUCCCAGAUUUGAAUGUAUGGACAGAGCCUGUUCUUAAGGUACAUUGGGAUGCUUUGACAAUUAACUAUGAUUGGGCAUUGGCCAAAUGGUACAGUCUAUCUACAGUAAUCCAGCCAGCCCCACAUAAAUUUAUGUUUGGUCCUCGGCUCCUUGAAUGAUUGCCCUAAACAGGCAAACCGCUGAUCUAAAAAUCUUGUUGAAGGCUGAAUACUUGAAGCUGAGUAGGACAUGCCUUAAAGUACUUUAGGUUGAAAGGAAAGGCUAUAAGGACUCAAAGGCUCCUGACCCCAGUGGUCGAAGUGACUCGUUUCUUCUGUAACUGAGGUACGUAGUGCAUCUCAAGACUCCAUCUCAUAAAACUUGAUUAGGAGGGAUUUGCUUUGGAUUAUUUUUUUAACUUUUUUUCUUAUAUUGUCUGAACUUUCAGACCAAGUGUGGACUUGAUUGAAACCCCUCACAGCGGGGAGAUAGCCCAGCAGAGGAGAACACACCUGUACAACUGGGAUUCUUAUUUAUAAAUCACUUAACUUUUCGAGAUGAGUGGUGUGGGGUGGGGAGGGUGUCUUCAUAACCCUCAAGUGUACUUUACUCUUCAAUUUAGACGUGCAGUAUUUCCAGAAAUAGUGAAAAAAGUAAGAUCUUUUCUUCUUUAUGAUUCUGCUCAAAACACCAUGUGCCGCCUCAGAGCUUUUUCUAGUCAAAUGAGCCUCAGUCCUCAAUGACGCGCUUGCCGUGUUGAUGCCUCAGCCCAGUGCUGUCCCCUCACCUGUGCCCCGAGUGACACCUCUUCCAUUGGCAGCAUGGUCAUCGAGUGGACCACCAGGCUCAGCUCUGCUCCAGCAACGCCAUUCUCAUUGCUCUUCCGUGAACAGGUGUGCAAGCCUUGGCCCCUCCUCAAUACUAACCCCCAACCCCCACAGACUCAGGCUCCACGCAACUGCUGAGCACACUCAAAGCAUGUCAUUGUCAGUGAUACAUUUUUAUUCUACGGAACUCUAACCUAUUCGUGUCAUAUUGACCUUUUGCUGCAUGAGUCAUAAAUUAUGAAAUCGGUCUUAUGGUUUUUUGAAAUGUAGCCAGCGUUUGUAAGGCUAAACCUUUUUCAUAAACUGAAUUUAAGUAAAUAACCAAGCCACAGUUCCUCUCCAAAAGGGGAGUGCUUACGGACAUUUGAAUCUCUUUGCCCUUUCCACCGGCUAUGGCACCACGUUCUAAAAUAAGCUUGUAAUUUUUCCUGUUAUUUUAAUAAUAUGGAAAUAUUAGCAUAGUGUUUCUUUUGAUAGUGAUAGACUAUAAUCCAUAUUUAAAUUUUAUAGAGAAGAAAUUUUAUUGUACUGUGAUGUAGAUAUUUAUUAUCCAGGUAAGGAUUUGCCCGGUGUGUAUUUUUUACAAUUGAAACAUUUUACUUUAAUCUUUAAAAAAAAAAGUACAUUAAAAACACAAACAAAAAAACAGACUGGGGGGGGGGAAAAAAAGGUUUGGCCUUAUCACAGAAUUUUUACUGUGCUGUAUAAAUGUUUGCAAAUGCAAAAAGUGUGCAUUUCUAGUGUGUUUCCACAUUAAUUAAUGCCGCCUUCAAAAGCAAUAUCGUGCAGGUAAAACGCUGUUUGUGGCUUUCUGUUGCACAGUUGAAGCUGACCCACCUUAUGCACAAGACAAUCAAAUGUAAAUCUGUCGUCCUCAGGAUGCAGAUAAUAGUCAUGUAAAUUAUGGAGCACAAUGUAAGACAAAAGAAGACACUCUGCUUAAUUACACAUGCAUUGUUGACAUAGAAGAUACCAGGGCAUGAAUGAGCUGACAUUAUGCCACUUUUUUCUUUUGGUUCUUCCUAAAUAACUUGGCAUUUUUCAUUUGAUUAUAGAGCCAAAUUAGUUCUCCAUGCCUUCUUCAGAGAAAACACCUUUUUCCCCCCAUAACAUUUUCAUGCCCUGUGAAUCAGGAAAAUACUACAGAAUAGGAAAAGAUUUACAGUCAUCAGAAGAUUUGUUUUGCAAACAGUGUUAAGUGAUAUUGCUAGACUGGUAAUAUUUUCUUUCAGCCUAAAACUCUGUUGAAAUCUGUGAUCAAAAUGUUUUAAACUCUCUGAAAAGAAAAUUUGUAUAUUUGGGAAAAAUGGAUUUUUACAUAGCUUUUGUAUGCAGAUAUUAAAUUGUAAUUAUGAAUAUAGUGGGCAUAGAUAAACUCAUAAGCUUCAAUUCUAAAAAAGAAAAAAAAGAAAAAGCUUAUAAUGGAUAUA